GUGUGUGUGUCUGUGUGUGUGAGGAAGAAAACACACACUUGCAUGUACAUAUGGACCUCGGCGACAGCUGUACUGGACUGAACGUCACACACACACAGCGAGAGACAGACAGAUAUGGGGGAGAAGUGAAGGAAACUGAAGGAGGACAAAGAACGGAAGAAAAAAAGCCUUGGAGGGAGAGCUGUCUGUGAUCAUGGCGGAUCCUCCAACAGGCCCACCUGAGGACAUCAACAAAACCAGCUUCUGGAUGCCAAUAAACUAUGUCCGGACAGUGCAGAGGACAUCAGAGUCGUACCAGGCUUGUAAAGACAUCAUAGCGUGUAUGAAGGACCGGGCUCAUGUGGAGCGACAGUACGCCCGACAGCUGACCGAAUGGAGCGACAAGUGGAAGUCCAUCACUGAGACUCGGCCGAUGUACGGGUCUCUGUUGCGGGCCUGGCAGUGCUUUUUCUCUUCCACUGAACGUCUGUCUGCGCUUCACACCUCAGUCUCCCAGUCUCUGGUUUCAGAAGACGGAGAGCGCAUCCACUCAUGGCAGAAGGAGACGUUCCCAAAGAAAAUGUUCUGCGGAUUCAGAGAGUCUUAUGACCUCGAGACGGCUUUCUCACGCGCUCAGAAGCCCUGGGUGAAAAGAUUAAAGAAGCUGGAAAAGGCUCGUGCGGUGUAUCAUAAGUCAUGUCAGAGAGAGCAGAGCGCUCAGGAAAAAGAGAAUCAAGCCAAACUCAAGGCCGACCUGAGCGAAAGCAAACUGUCCAAAAUCCAGCAGACCAGAGAGAAAGCCACGCAGGAACGCACCAAGGCACGUGAUCGCUAUGAGAAGGUUCUAGAGGACGUCUCUGGCUUUGCACCAAGAUACAUGGAGGAAAUGGAGUCUGUUUUCGACCAAUCACAGGAGGAGGAAAGGAAGAGGAUCAGCUUCCUGAAGCAGGCCUUCCUGUCCAUUCACAGACACCUCGACAUCACCAACAACGAGAGUAUAAAGGCAGUGUACAGUGAACUCCAUCACACACUCAUGUCCAUCAGUGAAGCUGAAGAUCUCCGCUGGUGGAAGAACAACCACGGGCCCGGGAUGCCCACUGACUGGCCUAAAAUAGAGGAAUGGAACCCUCCCAUUAAAAAGCAGAAACCAGGAAAGAAACCAAAAACCCACAAAGGAACUGAGGAGAAAGCUGUGAUGAUUGGAGGUGUACGGGUUCGAGCGCUCUACACCUACACCGGAGAGGAGCCUGAUGAGCUCUCCUUCAAAUCAGGUGAAGAGUUCCUCAAGGUGGAGGAUGAGGAUGACCAGGGCUGGUGCUGGGGCGUUAAGGAGGGCGGAGCCGAAGGGUUUUAUCCAGCCAAUUACGUCCUGCCUGUCAAGUGACAUCAUCAAUCACAGCUGAGGCACAACAGUGGUUAUUUUACAGUUAUGAAAAGCACACAAGAAGUGUCUGAAUGUCAUUGCAUCUCAGAGUAAGUGCAUGCAGAAAGAGAAACUACAAUUCAUUAAUUGAACAGAAAGUCUGGCAAGUCUGAAAGAGUAUUAUCUUGUACAACUUAAUCUAAUGAACUUAUUAAGCAUUUUUUAAGCAGUGCUCUUCUCAGAAUGAACUUUCUUCUGACAUUUUCAUCAUAUUAUCAUGUAAGAGUUUACUUGUUUGAUUGAAAGUGUGUUUGUGUUACGUUUUCUCAUUUAUUUUCUAAUUGCAGUGACAUUCAGACAGUUUCACAUGUCUAAAUCUUUUUGGCUUCACCAUAUCAGUGCCAAAAUGUUUCGAUAGACCAAAAUAAUAAAAGGAAUUGAAAUUCU